UCUGUUUUGGGUUCUCCGUCUUCCAUGUUUGUUUUGUAAACAAUCCAGUUCCAGCGCUUUGUAACCUGAAGAUUUUAUAUUUUUUUUAUUAAUUUAGAACUGGUAGAAGUAUAUAUUUUGAUCUUUCCUUUGGUCGAUCAAUACUAAAUCUAUUUAAGUGAAUUCAACUUUUAAGCAAAGAAGAGACAGUAUGAAUAAAAAGAAAAGCAUGGCAAUUGAUUUUCAAGAUAAUAUGAUUUUAUUGACAAGGAAAUAUUUAAAACGUAAAAUUAUGUGUCCUGAAACAAAAUUUAGGCAUCAUGUUAAAGAACGCCUACAUGUAUUAGAGUUGUUAAAGCGUACAGUAGAUAUGGGUGAAAGUAAUUCUGCUUUGUUAAUUGGACCUAGAGGUAGUGGAAAAACCACAUUGAUGAACAGUGUGUUAAAAGAAUUGUCUUCUAUAAAAAGUUUUAAAGAAAAUGCAUUGAUAGUGAAUCUUCAUGGUUUAGUUCAUACUGAUGAUCGUUUGGCAUUAAAAGAUGCAACUCGUCAAAUGCAGUUAGAAAAUGUAGUUGGCGAUAAAGUUUUUGGUACAUUUGCUGAAAAUUUAAGCUUUCUACUUGACUGUUUGAAAUCAGGAGAUAAAAAACAUUCAAAACCAGUUAUCUUUAUAUUAGAUGAAUUUGACUUGUUUUGUGAACAUCACAAUCAAACUUUGUUGUAUAAUUUAUUUGAUAUUGCUCAAUCUGCACAAGCACCAGUAUGCGUGAUAGGAAUGACUUGUAGAUUGGAUGUUAUAGAGCUUUUAGAGAAAAGGGUAAAAUCAAGAUUUUCUCAUAGACAGAUAUUUUUAUUUCCUGGUGAUACAUCAUCCUCAGAACAACCAACAUCUGGCUUUGAUAGUCGUUUAGAGCUAUUUGAACAUCUUCUCAGUCUUCCAGACGAUGAAAAUGUAAAUAGGAUAGAACAGCAAUAUGAUGAUUGUACAAUAGAUCCACAAUUUGGAUCAAUGUGGAAUGAAUAUAUAAAAAGUCUAGUCACCAAUGCUACUGUGGUGAACUUGUUAAAAAGAUUAUAUCAAAUUGAUGUAAGCGAAAGAAGCUUUAGAAAUUUUUUAGCACUUGUGGUUUCCACAUUAUCCGAAAAGCAUCAGAGAUUAGAAGUGAAUGAUUUUGUAGAAGCAAGUAAAAUGUUUUCUCAAGAUGACAAAAUAUUAAUGCUUGAGGGAUUGUCUGUGGUAGAGAUGUGUUUAAUAGUAGCAAUGAAACAUGAAACAGAGAUUUAUGAUGGAGAACCAUUUAAUUUUGAAGCAAUUUAUAAUAGAUAUGUUAAAUUUGCUAAUCAGAAUUCUUCUAUACAAAGUGUUCAGAAGCCUGUUAUUAUGAAAGCUUUUGAACACAUUAAGAAUUUAGAAUUCUUGAUGCCAGUGGGAGGAGUGAAUUCCAAAGUUGAGAAAGAGUAUCAGUAUUAUAAAUUUUUACUUACACCUCAACAAAUUAUGGAAGCUGUGAAAAAUUAUCCUGGACUGCCAACAGAAGUUUCUCAAUGGGCUUUAAGUAGCAUAUAAUAGCAAUGAUUACAGAAACUGUAGAUACUGACAAAUUUUGCGUUUGCAAUGCAUUGGUCUUCUGUAACUUUAAAAUAUCGACCUUGCUACAAGUAUUUACUAGAGGAGUAGAAUUUUUUUUUCUAUAUCAUAUUUUGUAUAAGCGUAAACGUGUGUUCAUUUCAAGAGUAUAUGUUCCUACAUAUACUAGAUCAUAUAUUUAAGCAAACUUAGUAAUUAAAGAGCUAUGAAGUAUUCCUUUAAAACUGUGUCUAAUAAUGACAGUUUUAAGAAUAGCCAUUGUUUGCAUUUACUAACAUGAGUACCAUAAAUUUGUAAAUAGAAUUUUGAUGUUCAAGAACAUUGAAUAAGGUAGAUGAAAUUGUUAUUUUGUGAAUAUCUGUUACUACGAUCUUCGAUUCCUGCCUAUAAUAGUAUAGCGAAACGUCCGACAUUACGUCCUUAACAAGUAAAGACAGCAAAUAACUUUUCAUAACAAUAUUUUAUUUUAAAUUAACUAAUGAUAGAAGUAAGUUCUGUAUAUGUGCCAUGCUACUUAUUGAGCCAUUAAAAGUAUAGAUAUAUUACAUACAUGUACUGUGUCUGUGAUUUUUCAGCAGGAUUAUUUCUUUAUAUAUUAGCGUGCAUAAUUUUCAUACAUAUAACUGUGUAAGAUCUUGAUUAUUUAUUAAAGAGCGUGAGUAUAUUGUAUGUGUCAUAACAAUGUGUGAUCUGUGUUAGAACGUGUACGUGAAUACAUUUAUACGUUUCUAAUAAAUCAACAUUCGAUAAAUUGUUAUAAAGUAUUAACAACUA